AUGCCGCCUUUGUUGUCGUCCUUCAGGCGCCUGGUUCCGCUGCUGCUAGCAGCGCUGUCCGCGCGGCGGAUAGCGGUAGAGGCGGCCCUUGUCACGGAGGACCUGCAGCUCGUGUGGCACGACGAGUUCAACGGGGGCUCCGUGGACUGGGACAAGUGGGUUGUCGACGAGGGGGACGGCUGCGACGUCGACCUGUGUGACUGGGGGAAUGGGGAAAAACAGUACUACCUGAGCGAGAAUGCUGCGGUCGCCAACGGGGUGCUAGCGAUCACUGCUAAGAAGGAAGAUUUUUCUUCAAGGUUUUACACCAGCAGCAAGGUCACGACAAAGAACAAGUUCUCCUUCCGGUACGGCAGGGCGGAGGCUAGGUUGAGGCUCCCUCCUGGUGGACAGGGGCUGUGGCCGGCAUUCUGGAUGAUGCCUCAGGACAACGCCUACGGCAAGUGGGCGGCUUCGGGGGAGAUCGACAUCUUCGAGAGCAGAAACAACUUCACGGAGUCUGUCAACAACCUGGCCUACGGAAACGCCUUCCCGAAUAACUCCAACCACAACGGAGAGUGUUUCCUGGAUGUUCCAGACGGCACGCUGGAGGAGUACCACGUCUACGCCGUCGAAUGGGACGCGGACGAGAUGGUGUGGUUCAUGGACGACGAGGAGACCUGCCGCAUAGACGACUGGUUCUCCACGGAUGUGAAGACGGGGGAGGCACUACAGAAGCCAGCGCCUUUCGACCAAGAUUUCUACCUAGUGCUCAACAUGGUUUCUGGAGACUGGGAAAUCGCCAGCGGGGAGGUCUGCUUGGGAGCGUUGUGUACUAACGAGGUCCAGGUGUUCGACGGCUUUGCCGUGUCGGUUGAGGGGGGCGUGCUGAGGGUGACAGCGGCGUCUGAUGCGACGGCGUCGGGAACGGACGGUGGAAUCGUGAUGGCCGCCACGUCCGGCCUGCUGCACACAAUGGGGAUGUGCGGUUGA